CACUCCCGGACACUGAGUCCAGAGCCUCACCCACGCAUGCGCCGCGGGUUCAGCAUCCUCUGCGCUGACCAGCUCAGCGGAAUUAACCACACAGCAGCUACCAGACGAACGUUCUCUCCUCUUUUUUCUAGUAAGUGUGCCCGGAGUUUUUAUUCGUCUAAAUUAUUAUUUAAGCAGCGCAUGAUUUUUGAUGUUGUGUGCAUUAAUAAUUAAACGGAAUUGCUAGUUUAUUAAAUUAUCUAGGAGAUAUUCGGGAAAACUUCCGUUAGGUUGUUUUUUUUUACUAAUCUUAUACUUUUCCUACAUAGUGCAUGAUUGAAAUUCAUAAUCCGACUUCCUAAUUUAUACGUUUUUUUGGGAGGUGAAAAAAGUUACGAUUUUUUUCGCAUUCAUGGUAGGCUAUACAAUCAAUGCAAUGCGAUUGCUUUUCGAUGUUAUGCUCAGCACGCUCACAGGCUACCAUAGGCUACCUCAUGAGAAUGUGCGUGGGACGGGUGCCAAGGACCACACCCAUUUAGGCUGGGUCUCUGGGGGGAUGUGCUUAGUGUCUGUGCUGUAAGGGACGGGACACAAGGGCCAUUAGGGAGAAAGCAGAGGAAAGAAAAGUAAAUCACAUAAACAACAGGUGCUGUAGCUAAUGAUCAAAAUAAAAAUAAAUGUUGUCCCUUAUAAUGCACCAUGAAGAAUGUGACUACUUUGCAAUAGUUAUUGUUCUGAUGUCAGGAAUUGGAUGUUAAUACAGCAGCAUUGCUUUAACAGUGUUCGACAACGUUCCGUUUUCUACAUGAUGUAUUGCCUUUGUAUAGCAGGUGCAGGCUGCCAGUACUGUGACUGCUGCAGGGUAUUGGUCAGUGGAGCUGCAGACGACUGGUCAGUGGGUGUCUGUCUGGCCUGCCUGUCUGUCUGUCUGUCUGUCUGUCUGUCUGUCUGUCUGUCUGUCUGUUUGGGUGAGCAGGACAGGAGGAGCCAUGGCUAACAGGGGACCAAGCUACGGCCUGAGCAAGGAGGUGCAGGAAAAGAUAGAGCUGAAGUAUGAUCUGGACCUGGAGGCCCGGCUGGUGGACUGGAUCGUAGCUCAGUGUGGGGGGAACAUGGAGAGACCACAGCCAAGCAGACAGAACUUCCAGACCUGGCUGAUGGAUGGAACAAUUCUCUGUAGGCUCAUCAAUAGCCUGUACCCGCGUGGUAAUGAGCCCAUCAAGAAGAUUCUGGAGACCCAGAUGGCCUUUAAGCAGAUGGAGAAGAUCUCCCAGUUCCUGCAGGCUGCCGAGGCCUACGGAGUACUCACCACAGACAUCUUCCAGACCGUGGACCUGUGGGAAGGGCAGGACAUGGCUGCGGUGCAGAGAACCUUGAUGGCCCUAGGAAGUGUUGCCCUCACCAAGGACGAUGGACAUUACCGUGGCGACCGAGACUGGUUCCACAGGAAAGCUCAGGGUUACCGGCGGGAGUUCUCUGAGGACCAGCUUCGUCAGGGCCAGAGUCUGAUUGGUCUACAGAUGGGCAGCAACCGUGGGGCUUCGCAGUCCGGCAUGACGGGCUACGGAUUGCACCGCCAGAUCAUGUAGAGACACAAGCCAGCUGCCCAGCCAGCUGCCAGCCACUCCCUUAGCCUGGCGGUGUACUCCAGUUACUGGACCUCCAGAAGAGAGCUCCACCACAUUCCCUGAACCUCAUGAAAUGACCCAACCCCUUUUUCCCCUUCCCCAGCAACACCAGCCAUACAUACAUACAUACAUACAUACAUACAUACAUACAUACAUACAUACAUACAUACAUACAUAUGGUUCUGCUCUCUCCAUCCAUAUGGUUCUGCUCUCUCCAUCCAUAUGGUCCUGCUCUCUCCAUCCAUAUAGUCCUGCUCUCUCCAUCCAUAUAGUCCUGCUCUCUCCAUCCAUAUGGUUCUGCUCUCUCCAUCCAUAUGGUUCUGCUCUCUCCAUCCAUAUGGUUCUGCUCUCUCCAUCCAUAUGGUCCUGCUCUCUCCAUCCAUAUGGUCCUGCUCUCUCCAUCCAUAUAGUCCUGCUCUCUCCAUCCAUAUGGUCCUGCUCUCUCCAUCCAUAUGGUUCUGCUCUCUCCAUCCAUAUGGUUCUGCUCUCUCCAUCCAUAUGGUUCUGCUCUCUCCAUCCAUAUGGUUCUGCUCUCUCCAUCCAUAUAGUCCUGCUCUCUCCAUCCAUAUAGUCCUGCUCUCUCCAUCCAUAUGGUUCUGCUCUCUCCAUCCAUAUGGUUCUGCUCUCUCCAUCCAUAUGGUCCUGCUCUCUCCAUCCAUAUGGUCCUGCUCUCUCCAUCCAUAUGGUUCUGCUCUCUCCAUCCAUAUGGUCCUGCUCUCUCCAUCCAUACGGUCCUGCUCUCUCCAUCCAUACGGUCCUGCUCUCUCCAUCCAUACGGUCCUGCUCUCUCCAUCCAUACGGUCCUGCUCUCUCCAUCCAUACGGUCCCGCUCUCUCCAUCCAUACGGUCCCGCUCUCUCCAUCCAUACGGUCCCGCUCUCUCCAUCCAUACGGUCCCGCUCUCUCCAUCCAUACGGUCCCGCUCUCUC